AUGUUCACUUUAAUAUUUAUUUCUCUUCUGGCUGUGGUAUCAAGUAUACCUUUGAAUUCUGAAAAUGUAAUUAGUAGCAUACGAGAUGAAGAUUAUAUUUUACCAGGAACAGUGAUUCCAUCUUUUUAUGACGUCUCUCUUAUUCUGGACCCACGUAACAAUGAAACGUUCAGUGGAAACGUGUCUAUUACAUUACGACCGUUAGUGGCAACAGAUGAAAUUGUCCUACAAGCUGAUAAGACACGCAUACAGAGAAUUCAAUUGUUUGCUAACGCAAAUCAAAGCUUGGAUAUUUUAUCAAGGCAUACCCUAGCAACAGAUGACACCCAUUUUCUCAAAGUAUAUUCGAACGGUGUAUUGAAUGUGAACCAAUCAUACAUUUUGAGAAUCGAAUACAUUGCUGAGUUAUCUACUGAUAUGUUUGGUGUCUAUAGGUCCUCUUACGUGGAUCAGUCUGGCAAUCUUGUAAAUCUUAUAGCUUCUCAGCUCCAGCCAACUUACUCUCGUCGAGCUUUCCCUUGUUUUGAUGAACCACGCUAUAAGGCAAUAUUCAGGACGACUAUUUACUCGCCACCACAAUUCACAGUAGUGAGAACUAACAUGCCAGAAAGGACGGACUUAUCAAAACCACAGUUAUUAGGAUACAAUAAAUAUGAAUUCCAAGACACACCAGUAAUGUCCACUUAUUUGAUUGCCUAUCUUGUAUCCAAUUUUGAUUAUGUUUCUAACACCGGCAACAUGACAUUCUCAAAACCAUUAAGAAUAUACGCAAGACCAGGAAGUAGGAAUAGUUCAGAGUUCGCUUUAGAUUUCGGUGAAAAGAAUAUGGUUGCAUUGGAGAAUUAUAUUGAACUGCCGUAUGAUUUACCGAAGAUGGACAAGGCUGCUAUACCAGAUUUUUCAGCUGGGGCUAUGGAAAAUUGGGGAUUGGUGUUGUACAGAGAAGUUGCUCUUUUAGUACGAGAUGGCAUUACAACAACUUCUGCAUUACAAAAUGUAGGACGUAUUAUUUGUCACGAGAAUAUGCACAUGUGGUUUGGAAACGAAGUCAGUCCACUUAACUGGACAUAUACGUGGCUGAAUGAAGGUUUUGCGAAUUUUUUCGAAAACUACGGAACAGAUAUGGUUCUACCACAAUGGCGUAUGAUGGAUCAAUACGUUCUUUUGGUACAAGGCGUCCUACAAGAUGAUGCCGUUCUUACUGUUAAUCCAAUGACAUACCCUGUAUAUACUCCUUCGCAAGUUAUCGGAACUUUCAAUGCUGUUGCUUACCAAAAAUCUGGUUCCGUCAUUCGUAUGUUGCAACACAUCCUCACCCCAGAAAUAUUUAGAAGAGGUCUUGUCAAUUACAUUAGAAAUCAUGCACGGCAAGCCGUUUCACCACCUAAUUUGUAUCAAAGUUUACAACAAGUGGCAGAUGCAUCGAAUAUUCGUCUACCAGCUUCUAUAGCCAAUAUAAUGCAGCGUUGGACAACUCAAGGAGGAUUCCCCGUUCUAAUGGUUCGAAGACAAGCACCAACAGCUAAUUCUCUAUCUAUAAGUCAGCAACGAUUCCUCACCGAUCCAUCACUGAGUUCAUCUAACCGAUGGCACGUACCUAUCAAUUGGGUUCUGUCAACCAAUCCAAACUUCAGUGAUACUAGCCCUCAAGCUUGGGUACCGCCUUCCUCCCCAGCUUUAGCAGUUGACAUUCCCGGUCUUUCCAACGCUUCAUGGUUCAUUAUUAACAAACAACAAACAGGUUACUAUAGAGUUAACUAUGAAGAUGAGAACUGGGCUGCGUUAGCUGAUGUUUUGGCCAGAUCUCACAACGUAAUCCACCUUUUGAACCGAGCACAAAUUUUAGAUGAUGUAUUCAAUUUAGCUAGAAAUGGAAGAACUAACUACAGACACGCAUUGGAAGUAUCCCGUUAUUUAAUUAACGAAACUGAUUACAUCCCGUGGGGAGCAGCCAACGCUGCUUUCAACUACCUCGACAUAGUGCUCAGUGCUACCCCCGUCUAUGAACUAUUCCAGCGUCACAUUCUUCGUCUGUCCGAACCUUUAUUUGAUCAACUUGGUUUCGAGCCGAAACAAAACGAUGAGCACGUUACGCCUUUCCAUAGAAAUAUCAUACUCAACGUCAACUGCCGAUUUGGAAAUGAGAGAUGUCUUAACAAAUCACGAGAGCUUCUGAUGAGAUUUAAAGAAAACCCUAGCAAGUAUCAUUUAAACAUAUUAAAGAGAUUCAUCGGUCAGCGUAUUCAUCCGGACCUUCAACAGACGAUCUACUGCUCCGCUUUGAGGGAAGGAGAUGCUGAUACCUUCAACUUCCUGUGGGAACAAUUCCGAGCCAGUCAAGAAUCUAGCGAACAGGCUAUCCUUUUGAAUUCCUUAGGUUGCACCUCUAAUGAGACACUUCGUUCUUUCUAUAUGAACCAAGUGAUCUCACCUAAUUCAGAAGUAAGAGAACAAGAUCGUCAUACAAUCCUCGUUUCCGUUAUUAACUCCAGUCCAGCUGGUAUGGAAGCUGCUUUAGACUUUGUCAUUGAAAACUUCGCUGCCAUUAAGCCCAGAGUCGCGGGACUUUCGGGCACACGAAACAUUCUGACUGCCUUCGCCAGACGGCUUACAUCGAGAAAUCACGCUGCAAAAGCAUCUCGAGAACCGGAUAUUCGGAAUUCUAAUGUCAGACCGGGCCAAACAGUAAGAUCAUAUGCGGUUGCUAUAACAAGAAAUGGGAACAACUUCAAUGGAGUUGCAACAAUAGAUUUAGAUUUGACCGAGCAGACCAGGGAAAACGAUAUAAGAUUUAAUAUAUUAGAUAUGACUAUACAAUCUGUGAGAGUCGGAGUUUUAACAGAUGCAAAUGCUGAAGACGCUAAUUACAAUAUAAACAACAAUAACUUAGUAAUUAAACCGAGGCAAUCAGGAACUCGUUUUGUUGUAAUUGUUCAAUACACAGGAGAGCUGCGUAGAGAUGGUAAUGGACUAUACUUAGGACAAUACGAUGACAGUGACUAUGUAGCAAUGAAUCUUCAUCCAAUGAAUGCAAGAAGAGUAUUCCCUUGUAUGGACGAACCUUCUCUUAGAUCAAGAAUAACUUUCACCUUCAAUAACAUGGGAUAUGAGACCAUGGUAUCAAAUAGUCUGUUGCAAGCUGAAAGCCAGACAGCAUUUAGAGCCUUAGAAACUCCUUCUCAUGUCUGGGGUAUGGUGGCUCAUAAUUUAGUCAGCAUAAGUGUACCUGUACCAAAUGUAGUAAUAUAUGGGCGGCAAGGAAUAGGUAAUCAGGAUGCUCAAGCGGCUGCAGCAAUAAACUAUUACUUUAAUGCUUUUAACGAAUGGACUCAAUCAUCUUAUUUCCAAAUCGUUAAUGAACAAGACAAUAGGUUGCAUAUUAUGGCUGUUCCUGAUAUUAAUAGAGAAUGGUACGCGCUAUCUACAAUUUGUAUUUGGGAACCAUACAUUUUUAUGACAACCAACCAUGCUGUCAAGCAAAGGAAAACCGCUCUUGUCACAAUAGCGGAGGCAAUGUCACGACAUUGGUUUGGAUAUGUUGUUUAUCCUGAAAAUUGGCGUCACCAGUGGGUUAUAACAGGCUUAGGAAGUUACGUAGCAUAUGAUAUUGUAAAAGAGUUCCAAACAUCGGCAAAUGAGGAAGAAAAUGUAAACAUGCUGGACAUCAAUACAAUAUUUACAACAGAUAUCAUUCAGGAGAGUCUUCUUCAGGAUGCCUAUUCCAUUUACGAUCCACUACUUGUUGGAAAUAGUAUUUUUCAAAACAACGCCGUACGAUUCCAUUUGAAUAGUCUUCUUAAAUAUAAAGCACCUGCAAUAAUACGAAUGUUAAGUGGGGUACUGGGAGGUGAAAUGGAUUUAAUCAAAAAUAUAACCAGGGCGUUAAUCCCUGCAAACGUUUUCUCUGGGAAUAAUAUACUUAAUAAUGCUAAUGAGUUUAUUACAAAUUGGAUAGAUAAAACUGGUUACCCCAUGAUUAGGGUCGUACAGAGACCAGGAGGAGUUCAAGUUACACAGGAACAUUUUAGUUUUACGACAUCUUCAAGACCAUCAAACUUCCGAAUUCCUUUGACAUAUACAACAAGAAUUGAUCCCAAUUUUAAUAAUCUGUUUCCAUCUGAAAUGAUGGAUUUAGUGAGCGUGGUUACUACGGACCUUGGGGAAGAUGAUUGGAUAAUAUUUAAUAUACAAGGACAAGGUUAUUAUCGAGUUAACUAUGAUGACGUUUUAUGGCAGAGGAUUAUCAAUGCAUUAGGGGAUGAAGAGCAAAGAGAGAAAAUUCAUCCGCUUAAUCGUGCUGCUAUUUUAGAUGACGCUCUUAAUUUAGCAAGAGCAGGAAAAUUGGAUUACAAUAUAGCGUUUGACAUAGUCCUAACAAUGGAAUUAGAAACGGAUUAUGGUGUUUGGAAGAGUUUUGUUAGAAAUAUGGACUUCAUAAGGAAACGAUUAAUGACAUUUGCAAACGAUAAUGGCAGAGAUAGCCAAGCUUAUGCGAGACUUCUGGAGAAACUUAUCAUAUCUGUUGAAGAUAAACUCGGAUUUAAACCACAAAAUUCGGAUACGGCAAUGGAAUCACUGACAAGAGCCUUGGUGAUGGAGCACGCAUGUGUAUCUGGCUAUGAACCUUGUAUAGCUGAAGCCGUUGAUAUGUUCUUUGAUCCAAACAAUGAUGGUGAAGUGAAUCCCGAAAUACCGUUAGAAAUAAGGCCAGUUGUAUAUUGUACAAUGGCUAGAGAAGGAAAUGAAGAGGUUAUAGCAGCCCUCAGAAGACGCUUGGGUCAAGAAACAUCCAGAUACGAGCGACUCGUUAUAUUGGAGUCUUUAGCCUGUUCAGAAGAUGGUGCGUUUAUUGAUGGGUUGCUGGCAGAAACAGUUGCGGCGAACAGCCCUUACGUUAUUGAAGAGAGGUUCAAGAUAUUCGUCGCAGUCGCCUCCUCUAGUUUUGGAAAUGCAAAUCGCGCACUAAACUUUUUGAGGCAACGAACAAAUGAUAUAAGAAAUAUGUACGGUGGAGGUGAAAAACUUGACCAGCUUAUAUUGAUUAUGGCAGAAAAUGCAGUGAAUCAACAGAUAGGGGACGAUUUUACCACAUGGGUGAAUUCGCAACCAGCGAUUAAUAACCUGGAAGAUUCCAGCAUGGUUGCUGUUAAAGCAAGGAGUUUAAUUGCAGAAAAUACAAAGUUAGAAGAAUUAAGUGGUAUAACCAUUAAAAAUGACAGUGCUGAGGCACUCUUACUUGAAUAUCUUAGACCAGGACAAACUGUUGAAGACUAUGCCGUAACAGUUACGAGGAAUGGCAAUAACUUUGUUGGUCAUGCAGUUAUACAUGUAAAAUUAACGAUAGAGACCAUGGAAAUUCCAAUAGUAUUUAAUAUGGAAGAUUUAGAAAUACAUAAUGUAUUAGUAGGUGUUCUUACAACUGCCAACGCAGUGGAAGCGGAUUACAAUUAUGACAACGGAAUUUUAGAAGUAUUCCCACCUCAACCCGCCACAACUUACACAGUGAUUGUCGAAUAUUCUGGAUCUUUUAGAAAUGAUGGAACUGGUUUGCACUUGGGCAAAUAUGAGGACAGGGACUACAUAUCAAUGAAUCUAUAUCCAACUCAUUCCAAAAAAGUUUUUCCUUGUAUGGACGAUCCCAGUAUGAUGGCAGAGACAGUCUUUACAUUCAAUAAUAUGGGUUAUAAUAAUUUGGUUUCAAACACAAAGUUGAUAAAUAAUGAUGAGACAACUUUCACAUCGUUUAAUGGGCCUAAUCAUCUUUGGGGACUAUUGGCACAUAAUUUUAAUAACAUUAUAAAUAUUCCUCUUCACAAUAUUCAUUUAUACGCUCGCCAAGAUCUCUCUAGUAACCAAGAAUCCCAAGCUGUGGUUGCAAUAAAUAAUUACUAUACAGCUCUAAAUGAAUGGACAGGGAAACCGUAUUUUGAAAUUCUAUCAAAUCAAAAUGGAAGAAUGGAUAUCGUAGCAAUACCUGACAUAUCAAGGGAUUGGUAUGCAUUAUCCACAAUUCACAUUUGGGAACCAUAUAUUUUAAUGUAUCCAAAUCAUGCUGUUAAGCAAAGACAAAUAGCUUUUGUGCAAAUUGCUGAGUCUAUGGCACGUCAAUGGUUUGGAUUUGUAAGAUUUCCUGAAAAUUGGCGUCACCAAUGGGUUCUGUCGGGUUUAAGCAGUUACGCAGCUUAUGAUAUUGCUAAAGAGUUUCAAACAAAUCCGGAAGAUAUCUCAAUGAUUGAUAUGAAUACAAUCUUUACAAUGAACGUCAUUCGGGAGAGCCUUCUUAUCGACGCUUAUUCAAAUUCAUUACCUUUGAAGCCUGACGAAGAUAUUUAUGAUGAGAAUAUUAUUAGAAUGAAUAUAAAUGGCCUUUCAAAAAUUAAAGCGCCGGCAAUUUUGAGGAUGUUAAGAUUAAUUGUUGCUGAUGAUGCAUUAGACAUUGUAAAAGAUGCUGCCAGAGCCCUUAUGACAAGCAGAUCGGUACAAACACUUAACACACAAAAUUUCUAUGAUGCUUUAAGAAGUAUAUUUAAUGGAAAUGAUCUGGUACCAGACGUUAAUGAUUUUGUUCGUACGUGGGUUACAAAUGAGGGAUAUCCUGUAGUGAAUGUCAUUCUAAGAUCGAAUAGAAUAACAUUUACGCAGGAACGUUUUAGUUUAUCUUCAAGAACCAAUGUCGUAUAUCCUAUUCCAAUUUCAUUUACGACUAGUCUGAAUCCAAAUUUUAAUGCUAUAUAUCCAACCCUUUUAUUAGAGGAAGGAGAAACAAUAUUUAAUAAUCUUGGAAAUGAAGAUUGGAUUAUACUCAAUGUUCAAGGCCAAGGCUUUUAUCGUGUCAAUUAUGAAGAUGUUUUAUGGCAGAGACUCAUAGAGACUUUAGAUAAUCCUGAGAGCAGAAAUACUAUUCAUCCUCUUAACCGUGCCGUACUAAUUGACGAUGCUUUAAAUUUAGCAAGAGCGGGAAGCGUUGCUUACGAUGUAGCCUUUAGACUUGUUUCAACUAUGGCACAUGAAACAGAAUACGCAGUCUGGAAAGCAUUUGUAAGAAACGUGGAUUUCUUAUUAAAAUAUUUGAUGGUCUAUGUUGAUGAAAAUGAAAGAGAAAACAAUAUUUAUCAGAGAAUGUUACAAAGAACAAUUCAUGCGUUUGAAGAAGAAGUAGGAUUUACUCCAAAUUCAUUAGAUGUUGAACCAGCGAUGAAGUCGUUAACCCGUGGGCUCGUAAUGGAGCACGCCUGUCGCUCUGGCUACGGUCCUUGUGUUGCCGCAACCUUGGAUUGGUUUUAUGAUCCGAAUGAAGAAAAUGUUGUAAAUCCAAACAUCCCUCCUGAAUUAAGACCAGCGAUAUAUUGUACUAUGAUAAGAGAAGGAAAUGAGAAUGAUAGGGCGGCUCUAUUAAAUCGCUUGGACAUUGAAAGAUCCAGUUACGAACGUCUUGUAAUCCUUGAAUCGUUGGCUUGUUCACAAGACGAAGGUUUUAUAUUAGAGCUACUUGACGAUACGGUAAAAGAAAACAGUCCCUACGUAACGGCAGAACGUUCAAAAAUAUUUUUAGCAGUUGCUUCAUCUAGCUCUCAAAAUGCAGAUAUUGCAGUAUCAUACAUUAUAAGCAAUACAAAUGCUAUUAGGAAUUCUUACGGGGGACCUGAAAAACUAGAAGAAGUGAUACUUGGGUUAAGAGACAAUCUUGUUUCAAGAUCAAUUGUCAACAAAUUUGACAAUUGGGUGUCUUCGUUGGACUCGAUAAGUAACUUGCAAGAUUCCGAUAUAUUGGCAAGAAUGAUAAGGGACCAAGCUCGUGAGAAUUUAUUAUGGUACAAUCAGAACAUAGAAGAAAUUUACAACUGGAUAGACGAAAAUGAUGCACCAACACUUUUUAUGUCUGUGACUUUACUUUGUAUGUCUACGAUAGUUGCUUUACUGAAUAUGUAA